UACGACUUGGGUUGACGUCCGAACCCUACUCGGGGUUGCUGCCGCAUAACUUCAAAAGUUCUGGGGCAGACGUCUUUUGAGCUCAGUCUACUCCCGCCCGAGAACCAUGACGUGUCGAAUCUCAUGCGGCUCUCGACUCGUUGACUCACGAACGUGAAAAUCCUUAUUAUAAAUACGUGCCUUAUAAAGCCGGAGGAGGUGGAAUGUGUGUGGUUUUUUUAUGUGGUGCAUGGGUUCUCAACAUGUUUUCUCCUAUUAUGUAUGUGGAGCCAACUGACUGAUGAAUAAGAAAAAUGCAGGCUAAACAGCGUUACAUUCUCCUUUUCCUUUCUUGUGCCUUCCUAGCAUUAUGCUAUUUUGGAGGCUACAGGUUAAAAGGAAUUCUCCCUGAUCGGGGAAGACACUGGCCUCCACUAGACUCCUACAUGGAAAGAGAAGAAAUAAUGGAACACAGGUCUUUCUGGUCUCUUCCACCCAAACAGAGACAAGAAGAGGCCAAAGUUACAACCCUUAGGGAACAGUGUCGAAUGGAAACUUGUUUUGAUUUCUCCAAGUGUGCCAGCGGUUUUAAAGUUUAUGUUCACCCUGUCGAAGAAACUGUGGCAAUGAGCUCAACGUAUAGGAAAAUCUUGAAUGUCCUUACUGAAUCCAGGUAUCACACUACAGAUGCUAGUCAGGCUUGCCUGUUCAUAUUGGGUCUGGACACACUGGACCGAGAUAGCCUCUCAUCAGACUAUGUUAGAGGGAUGCAGUCCAAGCUCAAUAGUUUGCCUCAUUGGAAUGGCGGGCAAAACCAUAUUAUCUUCAAUUUCUAUUCGGGUACCUGGCCCGAUUAUACUGAAGACCUGGGAAUGGACAUUGGUCGAGCCAUUCUGGCCAAAGCGAGCAUAUCUGUUCAAAACUAUCGGCCUUCUUUCGACAUAUCGCUCCCGUUGGUGCAUAAAGAGCACUUAGAACGAGGUGGCGACAUCCUGCCCGUCUACGCGGAAAAUAUCCCGGCUGCAUCCAAGUCCUAUUUGCUGGCGUUCAAAGGCAAACGCUACGUUUACGGAAUCGGCUCGGAGACGCGCAACUCACUCUACCAUCUGCACAACAGCCGAGAUGUCAUCAUGGUUACCACCUGUAAACACGGCAAAAGUUGGAAGGAGUUAAAAGACGAUCGUUGCGAGGAGGAUAACGCCGAAUACGACAGAUAUGAUUAUGAAGUUUUGUUGCAUAAUGCGACGUUUUGCCUGGUGCCGCGCGGACGACGACUUGGUUCUUUCCGUUUCAUCGAAGUCCUUCAAGCUGGCUGUAUUCCUGUCCUUCUUUCCAACAACUGGGUGAUACCCUUUUCCGAGAUCAUUGACUGGAAAACGUCUGCCAUUUGGGCGGAUGAACGGCUUCUCCUUCAGGUGCCCGAUAUUGUCAGAUCCAUCGAAGCCGAACGAGUGAUGGCCUUGCGGCAACAAUCUCAACUUUUGUGGCACAUGUACUUCUCCUCCAUCGACCGCAUUAUCUUUACCACCCUCGAGAUUGUCCGUCAAAGAAUCCAUCAGCAUUUGUGGAAAGACGGUCGAGUGUGGAAUAGUUUUCCGGGUGGAUUGGUAACGUUGCCGGAUUACACGGACACACCGUCUCGUUUGCCGUGGAACCAACAGCAAUCGACAAGCAUGACGCUCGCUACUGGUGGCCAAAAGAAUAAGAAUGCCAGCCAGUUUACGGCCGUCAUUUAUUCCCAGCAACAAGCAGGAAGCCCGCUAGUGCCUGCCACUUCAAGUGGUCCACUACUUCAUCUGCUGCGGGUCGUUUCCAGGAGCCAACAUGUUGCCCGGAUCGUCGUAGUGUGGGCGAGCGAUUCUCCAAAACCUCCGCCGUCUCGAUGGCCGUCUCUGACGCGAGGUAUCCCGUUGCAUAUCGUUGUGCCGCAGCAAAAGCAAAACAUCGGCGAACGUUUCAGGCCGCUCGAUCUAAUCGAAACAGACGCCGUCUUUUCGCUGGAUGAGGAUGCUACGCUGACGACGGAUGAAAUCGAUUUCGCAUUUCAUGUUUGGCGUCACUUUCCCGAGCGGAUCGUCGGCUUUCCUGCUAGAACUCACUACUGGGACGAUACCAAAGGCCAGUGGGGCUACACGUCGAAAUGGACCAAUGAGUAUUCGAUGGUCUUGACGGGAGCGGCCAUUUAUCAUCGCUACUAUCACGCGUUAUACACUGAUUGGCUGGGUCCGUUGUUGCACAAAACUGUCGAUCAGUCUCACAACUGCGAGGACAUUCUCAUCAAUUUUCUCGUCAGUCACGUGACUCGUCAACCGCCCAUUAAGGUGUCGCAAAGAAAGCAGUACAAGAGCAGCAACUUAUCGGCUGUCACGAGUAGAUCGCCGUGGAACGAUCCGGAUCACUUUCUACAACGCCAGACGUGCCUCAACACUUUUGUGGCUCUUUUCGGGUACAUGCCACUGAUCCGUUCCGCUGUUCGUUUUGACCCCGUCCUAUUCAAGGAUCCCGUCUCCAACUUGCGCAAGAAAUAUCGUCAAAUGGAAUUGGUUAACAACUAAAAAAAAAAAAAAUGCAACUAGAAAUGUAUCGCCAUCUUUUACUUUUCGUGUGCGGAUGAUGGACAAAAAGGUGUCCUACUUUCUUUUUCCUUCUCGUUUGUUAAACAUGCUAAAGGAAAAGUGAAAGGGGAACUACAAACAAGCCAAGAAACGUGCCAUAUCCUAAGUUUUCCCUUUUCUUUUUUUGUAAGUAGGUAAAUUUACAGUCGGACAUCAUGCUUGGAUGGUAGUAGGAAAUAAUGUAGUUCCCAUCAUCUUGUGAUUUUCGUUUUUAAGACAUUUUUUUUUUUCAUUGAGAGAAAUGGUGCAAUUCUAUUUAAAUGAUCAACUAUUUUUGGUUGUUGCGAAGAUGGAGGAAAAAAAAGUGGGGAAAGAGCUACUAUAUAUAUAUAUAUCUGGGAAAAAGGUGUACGACGUGCUUUGUCUAUAAACCUUUUUGCCUAAAGGGACCAUCUGUGAUUUACUAUUUUUAUCUUUUUCGUAUGGCUGCUAUUUUUAUUUCUAAUUUUGAUAUUGUUUUCUAAGUAAUUGAUAGCAUAUCAAGAAUUUCCAAUUGCUAGGUCCCUCCCUUCAUAUUCUAUUGUGUAUAUUCUUUUUUAUUUUCCCCUAAUAGUAAGAUGAUCCCACCAUUUUUUUUCAAAUCGAGGACGUUACGGGGAACUCAUUGAAAAUAAGUUCCAAAGGUGCCAUUUUGUUUUUCUUUCUUUCAGUCCUCUAAUAGUUCUCUUUUUUUGGGAGGGUAAUUUUUCAUUGCGCCUCCGCCCUCUUCCGGUCCUUUCCACUUCCGUUUGUGUACAGCAUCGACUAAUUGGCGCUUGAGCUUGUACAUAUUAUAUAAUGUUGAUUAUAUCCAUGUGAGAAUAACCAAAUAAAAAAAUAAAAAUGAA